AUGUUCGGCAAAAGAGACAUCGAGAACCCACCCGUCAUGAACCCAAACUGUAAAGUCCAAGAUGGAUUUGGUGCUUUAGCAUCGUGGAUGGCACUUGAAGCUGACAGCGAAUCUUUUGUAUUUCAAAAAUUCGACGAUUUAAGUGCCAGAAACUUGCUUUACCUGCAAUGCGAGAUGCUCGAUCUGAGACGUCAGCUUGAGGCUUUUGAUAUGAAAGUAGCUAGGCUGGAUGCUCGCAUGGACUUGAAAGACGCUGCUAGGACCUGGGAAACUCUUGUGAGGAUGAGCGCAGAAAAAGAUCCGAAUCCUGAUGUCCAAAAUUACAAAAUUUUGAUCGAAAGACUGAGGGAAACUGUAAAAGAAUACCUCCGAAGUGCUAACUUAGUUCGCCCAAGCAAUAGAGCUUUGAAAGCUUUGAGAAGCUGGGUCGAUGGGGGAACCACUCGAAGACCCGACGGCACGAAAAUAAGACCCAUUCUUGGUGGUCUAGCAAGGGAUUAUCUCGAUAAAGAGGAUGGCCUCGCAGUCAUCAAACCGUUAGACGACGUGGUCUUGCUAUCAAAGAUGCUUAGAAACAUCUGGCCAGUGAAGAGAGAAGUUUCUCGAGACGGCAUCAACCUGAUUGGGAGAUUCCAGGAGCGCUCGAUAACCCUGACAGUCAACAUUAUCAGCGUUGUGGUAGCGGCCAUACUCCUCCUAGGCUCUAUCACUGUUUCUAUUUCGUUCAUACUCCUUGGAUUAAAUUGA